AACAUUAGAGUCUCCGUCCCUCCUUGUUGCUAUCUAAACACUCUCCAAGUUGCUCAGGAUUUUUGGACUUUUCACUACACCGCUGUCACACUUUAAGAUUAAUGAGCUGAUAAACACUUUUUUAGGGGUGGCCAUAUUGUAAACGGUGCCGGCCUGCUCCGCUCACCCGGUGUUAACAGUCAUUACAUCACCGAAAGCACGGUAAAAAAAAAAAAAAAAAAAAAAAUGUCCAGGAGAUGCUCUAUUGUUUGCUGGUAAAAACCGGGCCGUGAUGCAGCGGCCCGCCGCCCACACGGCACACAUGGCGACCGGCCGCUUUCUGGGCUCCACAUCCAGAAUUUACCCCCCGUUAAGACACAACAAUACCACAUAUCCUCUGUUAGUUUUUUUCUUCCCACAGUAUUUCUUGGAAAAAUAAUGCGCUUCUCACAGCCGCCACCAGGCCCGGGCUCCUUAUUGGCCGUUUUGAGUCACAUGACCAGGAAUUGGCUGCAAUUUCGCCCCAUAGUUGUUCAGUUUAGCCUACCCAGGUCCCCAUACGCUAGUAAUAUCACCAAUAUACACAAUUAUUAUAUGGACCCCGCAAAUACGCCAUUGCGGUCGAGAGUCUACGUGAUCCUGUGUUUUUUCUUUUGCUUUUAUUUUUUUAGAAGCCAUAUUGAAGUGUGCGUUUUUUCUUUGUAUUGUUAUUAUUUUGGGGAAGGGAUUGUUCGGGGUCUCGCCGUCUGAGGUGAAACCGGUCUGAGGGAAGCUAUGAAUUUUGAAUUUGAGAGGGAGAUCGGUUUUAUAAACAGCCAGCCGUCCCUAGCAGAGUGCCUGACGUCCUUCCCCGCCGUCCUGGAGUCAUUUCAAACUUCAUCAAUCAAGGAGUCGACAGUAAUUCCGCCUCCCUUCGAGCAAACCAUCCCCAGCCUCAGCCCCUGCACAGCCAGCCAGCCGAGACAGGCUGCCAGGAGCCAGCACAACCGGAGAGCUUCCACUAGCAAUGGCCUGCAUACGCACCACCGAGCCACCCAACAGCCCUGCCCGCCUGGCCAGGCCCCUGCCCCGGCUACGGCCACCCCGGCCGGCCCGCUGGCCCACGAGUUCCCCUGGAUGAAGGAGAAAAAAUCAUCCAAGAAGUGCCCGAAGCCUGGGAGCGGCUCCAGCGGCGGCGGGUCCAUCGUCCCCGCCGCCUCGUCCUCGCCGUCCCCCGCCGCCUCUGGGUACGCAUCGGCGGGCAUCGAGUCACCCACAGACCCAAACCAGGCGGCCCUGGACGGAGGAGGCGCCGGGUCCCGCAGGUUGCGGACGGCCUACACCAACACCCAGCUGCUGGAGCUGGAGAAGGAGUUCCACUUCAACAAGUACCUGUGCCGCCCCCGCAGGGUGGAGAUUGCUGCCUUGCUGGACCUGACCGAGCGGCAGGUCAAAGUCUGGUUCCAGAACCGACGGAUGAAGCACAAACGGCAGACCACGCACCACCGGGAGGGCGGGGGAGGUCACGAGUCAGGCGACCCGGGCGGGUUUGAACCGCUGGAAGGAGCGGACGCCUCCUCUCCGUACUCCAGCCAGCCGCUGGAAGCCUCGGGCACCGGGGGGGCUUCGGAGGGCGAGCGAGGGAGCAGCAAUCCAUCAUCGGCCGCAGCUGCUGCCGCGCCCACCGCCUACGCUGACAGCGGGGACAAUGCACAGCCCACACCGGAGGAGGGAGGCCAUGCGAGCCGCACUGAGCCCCAGGCGCUGCCCGCAGCCUCUGGCUCCUCCCCGGUGGGGUUCACCGCGACGACCGCCGCCAACAACGCGGCACCGGGGACGAUGCAGUUCGACGAGGCCGAGCGCGGCGGUCCGACCACGGUAGCAGCGCCUCCCGGACCCGAUGUGUCGUUCUCAGAACAGCGAGACUCCUCCGUGACGUCCUCCUCGUCCUCGUCGUCCUCCUCCGCUCCUCCCGCCACCUCCUCCGCCCUGCCGGAACUGAACUUAUUCGGCGGAGACACCUGCCUGUCGCCCAGCCUGCAGAGCUCCCUGGACAGCCCGGUGGACUUCUCCGAGGAGGACUUCGACCUGUUCACUAGCACACUGUGCACCAUAGACCUGCAGCACCUCAACUUCUGAGACAUGAAAAAAACAA